GGGAGCUCUGUGAGACUGCACUUGGUUUGAGCUGCUGAGCUGAGACCUCGCAUUCCUCGCACCUCCUGAGGCUUAUUUCAUCCUUUCCACCACCCCCCCACCUCCUCCUCCUCCUCCUCGUUUAAAUAUUUCAGAUCUGUAAUUUAUUUUCCACAAGUAGGCUUGGAGGAGCUACAAUUUCCUGGGGACUUGGAAGGACUCCGUGAGUGGAAUCCAGGAUUCCCACAGGAAAACAACUUACCAUCGUCUUCGUCUCUGCUUCUGCUGGCUGUAGAGGAGGAGGAAUGAAUCUUGCCCUGCCUUGGAUCCUUCCUUUUGGAUGUGUACUGUUCCUGACAAAGGCAGCUGAAUGCUUUAUCUUGCCCAACUCAAGCCACCUGGAGAGCAUUUUGAGUAAAUACCAUGAUGGGGAAACUCACUCCAGAUCCAAGAGAGCCAUUUUAUUCUCAGACAGACAAGAAAUAUUGAUGCUUCAUAAUAAAUUGAGAGGUCAAGUGUACCCAGUGGCUUCUAAUAUGGAAUAUAUGACCUGGGAUGAUGAGCUGGAAAGAUCAGCCCACGCUUGGGCUCAGCAGUGCAUCUGGGACCAUGGGCCUAGUGCCCUCAUCAGGUCAAUUGGACAGAACUUGGCGGUUCACUGGGGCAGGUAUCGAUCUCCAGCUUUCCAUGUCCAGUCUUGGUAUGAUGAAGUUAAAGAUUACACAUACCCGUAUCCUCAUGAGUGCAACCCAUGGUGCCCAGAGAAGUGCACUGGCUCUAUGUGCACGCAUUACACCCAGAUAGUCUGGGCCACAACGAACAAGAUCGGCUGCGCCGUGAACGUCUGCAAGCAGAUGAAUGUCUGGGGAGAAAUCUGGGAGAAUGCCGUCUACCUGGUCUGCAACUACUCACCGAAAGGGAACUGGAUUGGAGAAGCCCCAUACAAGGCUGGCCGCCCCUGCUCCGAAUGCCCCCCAAGCUAUGGAGGAGGCUGCCAGAACAACCUCUGCUACAAAGAUUACCGUUACGAAGAUCCUGUCAUCGUUGAGACGGAUGAGACUAACGAAGUGGAGAUUUCACAGGUCGCAGAGCAAAACCCAGUGCGGUUUUACCCUCCGGAAAGCAAACCCAGCAAACCUGUCAAGCCCAAGAGAAUCAGCCCAGACUCCUAUAUGACACAAGUCAUUACCUGUGAAACCAAGAUGAGAGACAAAUGCAGAGGCUCAACGUGCAACAGGUAUUGGUGCCCAGCUGGCUGCUUGUACAGUAAGGGAAAGGUCUUUGGAACAUUUUAUUAUGAAAGUUCCUCGAGCAUAUGUCGUGCUGCAAUUCAUUACGGCGUUCUGGACAAUAAAGGAGGACUGGUUGAUAUCACGAGGAAGGGGAGGACACCAGCUUUUGUGAAGUCUACCAGGAAUGGUGUGGAGUCUUUUAGGAAGAGUAAGCCUUCAAAUGCAUUCAUGGUUUCCAAAGUCACAACACAGACGCUGGAUUGCUAUACUACAGUAGCUGAGCUGUGUCAGUUCAAAAAGCCAGUGACACAUUGCCCAAGGAUUUAUUGUCCAGCCCACUGUAAAGAUGAGCCAUCGUACUGGGCACCGGUGUUUGGCACAAAUGUCUAUGCAGAUAGCUCCAGUAUCUGCAAAACUGCAGUGCAUGCAGGAGUCAUUCCAGAUGAAAGUGGUGGUUUUGUGGAUGUGAUGCCUGUAGAAAAGAAGAAAAGUUAUGUUGGCUCCUUAAAGAAUGGAAUCCGGUCUGAAAGCUUGAAGAAUCCUUCAGAUGGAAACGCUUUCCGAAUUUUUGCUGUGAAGCAGUAAAUUCUAGAGAAGGCACAGGUUUCUUUGUGAGAGUGCUCUGUUGAUCUCCAGAGACAGGAAGGCUCCUCUGACGGCAUCAGCUCUGACCGUAACCUCCUUGUCGAUCUCCUUCAGGGAACUGAAAAAAAUAAUAAAAAAAAAAAAAAGACAAAAAAAAGACACCAGGUUCUGACUCAGCUGUUCGCAUCUCAUCGCACCCGUUCAGCGUUGUAUCUUUUCAUUUCAUGUUUUUUUUUUUUCUCUAGGGGCAUUCAGCAGUGAUAAACUGUUCUAACUUUCAAUUUAUGAGAGGUGUGCUACGCAGUACAGUGGUGGCUCAAUGUACGGCAGACGUAGGGAUCUCGGCCUGGCCCUGGGUGGCAUUUUUAGGGUGUGAUGCAUCUACUGUGAUGGGCAUGAGGACGUGCACUGCUGAACAGACUCAGAAGUGAGCGACUGUCCAGGUGCAGGACCUUUUGAAAAAAGAAACCGAUUUAAAAGUUGCAUCUUUUGAGGAGAGGCUGGGAUUUGAUUGACUGGUUUUGUGUAUACGAUGUUUUCUGUGCAAAAGAAGAGAAGAUUUGGUACUUUACCCACGGGGUGGCAUACAUCAGCACUGCUGUGUAAGGCUGCUGGGGCAUCGCGCUAGGCUACGUUGUACGAUGGUGUCAUGUUUGAAGAGAGGACGUUCUUGUUGGCCAGACAUCAAGGUUUUUGGGGACUGGAGUAGAGCAUAAAGUGGUGGCAGAGAUCCUCACUGCAGAAAAUGUGGCCACCAGAUGAUCAGAACAGAGUUUUAGUGUUUGCUGGUCAAACAUUCGCAGGUAUUUUGCAAGUCAGGCAACCUACAAGAAGUCAGUGAAUCUGGGCUCCUGUGCUGGCACAUCUCAUCCUAUGCUACACGCCAUAACAAAUAAAAUUUCAGUUAAAUGCAGUGUAUUGUUUUAUACAGCAGUGCUGGUUGUUUUAUCUGUAGUAGCUAAGUAGUGAUAAAGUUAAUCUUAUUUUUGCUAGGAAUGGUUGCAUCCAAAGGAAGCAUGUUUGCUUCACCUUUGUGGAGCUCAUUGUGGUGUGGGCAGUUCUGAGACUUUAAAGAUACGGCAUAAAUUGGGGUAGAUGAAUUCUUCCUGUUCAGUUUGUGACAGCAACAAAUCCCAGCUUUCAGUGUAAAUGCUGCACUCGUGAGCAUUUCAUAUCCAGGAUGGUGUGUGUUGUGAAACCCAUGGGUGUUCUAACGAUGGUGUUUAAUAUUUUGUUAUUUGUGUCUCAACAUGAAUCCAAAUCCAUUUCAAAGCCAAAAGAAGAGUCUAUCAUGACCUGCUUUUUAAGGCAGGAGAGUAUCCUCUGUUUUAUAUUCGAAAAAAAAUCUUUAGAAUUGGUCAGAGAUCCGGUUGUCUUUUGAUGCAAAUACAUCCAGUAACUCCAUUACUCAUAAGAUGGCAAUGUAAACUUUCGUUCUUUUGUUCUUGUAAAUGCAUAGUCCUUCUGCUCAAUAACUUGGUUGUAAUAUUGUAUAACAAAUGGGGAAAUAUUCCCCUUUGUUUGGCAGAUGUCUAAUAGCUAUUCUUACGCUCAGGCUAUGUUUGGUUUAAUUUGGACAAAAAAAAGCCAUCUCUUCAAGCUGUUUCAAAGCACAAGCCAAAGUUAUUUAUAUGAUUAAAUACUUCCUUAAUUCUGUAAACACCAUGAAGUCAGUAAGGAAAUUACUUUUAUCACUCUGCCUCUUUCUCUGUGAAAGCUGAAUUUGGUAAGAGGCCUUUUGUAAAAUAUGAAAUUGGAACUGCUUUGCAUUGUCUCCGAAAGUGCCGCACAGCAACGCUACCUUUGAGGUGGAUAGAGAGAAUUGACUUUGUGUCAUCUUUGUUUAUAUAGUAUCGUCUUCCAAGGUGUACAGUAUUUGCUUUAGAUAGGAAAACUGAACAUUAUUUUUCUUGCUAGAUAAAUUGAUGUUAAAAACAGCUGGAACGUAUCUUAGAGAAGCUGCUGAUUGGAAGCAUUUGAGAUCUUGGCAGUAAGAUAAGGCUUCCCUGUUUCUGCCCACUGUGAUUAAUUAUGCUAUACGUGGUCUGGUUCAAGCCCGUUAAAUACUGCAGCAUGAAUCUUGGACCAAAUUGUAGCCACAGGGCUAUUUUUUGAAUGGAAAGUGUAAGAGAUGCAGUCAGGUAUGGGGACUGCAAGAGUACAUAAAACGCCUUGGUGCUAACAUAGGAUCCCACCUCUACGUGCUGUCCGUGACAAUUACGUAUACUGUAAAAUGAUGGAAAGAAGUGUGAGGGCUCUUGGAGAAAAGUCUAGGGGAUUAUCAUGAGCACAUAAAAAUCCAAACAGCUUGGGAUGUAUCUACCUGAUGAAAAAGGGGCAAGGGAAGAAUCGUUAUUCCAACAGAAAUAUCCUAAAAUGCUUAAUUCAAGUUACAAUUGUGUAUUUUUGUCUUCGCCAACUGGUUUGGAUUUUUAGAAACCGAUGUUAAUUUAAGUCUGUAUCUGUUUAUUUUUAUAUUUGUUGUACAAAAGAGAAAUUGUGACUUUACUACACAAAUAUUAUUCGAGGUCCUGGGUGCUAUUAAUUUAAACAUACCUCCACCAGAAUUAGGGGCGAUCAGGUCCUCCAAGGCAGUCAUGAUAUAUCAAUUACUUGCAAUUGUGUGUGCUAGCUAUUCAUACAUAUGUGGGACAGUACCAGGUUUUAGCCAAAUAUUUACUGAUUUUAUUUCUGAUACCAAAACAUUUCUCAGCCUAAUAUAUUUCAGUGCCGCUUAAAGAUGCAGUGUGUCUUUAUCCUACCAGAUCCGUUCCUCCUUAGGCCUCAGAUUAGUAAGCACGUGCCAACUCAAAGUACCCGGGUGUAGAUUUACUGGAGCGUCUGGUUAAACUCCUGGCGAAGCCAAUGCUGCCUGGUUGUUAAUUUCCCAGUCGGUGAUCUUUUGAAACCAAGAUUGCCAGUACAACUCUGCUGUUCCGGAGCAUCUGCUCCGCAUAACCAAGUCUCCAGAAAACACAACCAGUGCAAAAGCUGAAGCGUGGCACUUCCCCAGCCGCUGGUGUGCUGUCGGGUCUCUUGGCUCCGUUAAUUUCACCAUUUUAAGACUUUCAGCCAACAGCUGAUUGUGGAGUCUCCAACUGGUUGGUUGUGCAGUCUAAAUAUUUAGGGCCGGUGCAUAGAGCUGCUUUUUUUUCUAUGAAAAAUGAUGUAUUUCACUUCGUAUGUGUAAAAGUUUCUUGUAAAUUUUUAUGUGCCUUUGCAUGUUUUUCAAGGGGCCGAGUGCUUGUUUAUAAACUAUUUUUUUUCUAAAUACGGAUUUGUAAAAUAUCUUUCCCCCUCCCUCCAUUUUCUUUUGAUUUCUGAAUUAUUUGUGAAAUAAAACC